GCUCAAGAGGGGCAAGUCGUCCGAGGGGGCGGGCGCUCCCCUGCCGCGGCCCGGGUGCUGCGCGCCGAGGGAUGGCCCUGGCGGCGCCGCUGGCAGUGGCGCCGCACGGAGUCGGCAAGCCUGUGCGGGCUGCCAGGGCGGCGGUCGCGGCCCAGAGGCGUGUUGCCCCAGAGAGGCCAUGGCUGGUGCCGCGGGCGCGCCUGUGGGCGCAGCGGGGCCAGGUCGCUUGCCCGACGAGGACUACAGCGCGCUGGCGAGGCUCGGCCAGCGCGAGCGGGACGUGUUCCGGACGCUGCACCAGCAGGUCGCGCAGGAGGCCUCCAGGGCUGGCGCCAGGACGUUGUGGUCGAUCAUCCAGGCGGUCGCUGGGAUGAGCCCGAAGCAGUUGGACAAGCUAAUCGACAUCUACCAUGGGCAGAACCAGAGCGCUGCCGCAGACCAGGCCGACAAGGCAAACAGGGCCAAGGCCGACGCUGCCGCAGAGGACGCGCUCAGGAAGCGGCAGGAGGCCCUCCGGCUGCAGGAAGAGAAGGCCGCCGCGUUAGAGCAGCGGCUCAACAAGCAAAAGGUUCAGUUUGAGGACACGGUCAGAAAGCAGCAGGAGGCGCUCAGGCUGGAGGAAGAGAAGGUUAAGGCCGCCGAGGAGGCGGCCAAGCGGAAGGCCCAGGAGCUGCAGCAGAGGGCGCAGCUGGAGGCCAAGGCCAAGGCCGCCGCGCUCGAGCUGCAGAUCAACAAGCAAAGGGAACAGCUCGAGGACGCGCUCCAGAAGAGCAAAGCUCAGGAGGCGCUCAAGAUGGAGGCGCUCAGGCAGGAGGAAGACAAGGUCGCAGCGCUUGUUCGGCAGACCAGUAAACAGAAGGAGCAGCUCGAGGAGCGUGCCGCCCAGCUUCAGCUGAAGGAGGCUCAGCUCGAGCUGAGGGAGGCGGCCCUGAUGCAGCGAGCGCAGGUUCGGGAUUAUGUGAUCCUGCUCGGGGCUAGUCGUUCGAGCAGCCUCUGGGCACCUCUAGUUGGCAUUGGCUUCCGCUGUUUGAAGGGCCACGGAUGGCAUUGCUGCCACGUGGACGGAUCGGUCACGCAGAAUAGUUCCAGGACCUUGCCAUGGAAAUCGGCAGUCCAGUGCGAGAGGCUCAGCGUACAUCUAGUCUUCACUCUGCACCUCGUCGUCCUGAUACCGGACGCGUCCUCGCCUGGGAAGUCCAGCGUCCUUUUAUCAGCUCAGCCAGGCGAGAAUGACGCUGAGCCGAAGGCCAUAUUAGUGAAUGGCCUCAUGAAUGAGACGCUGAGCCUGAGUGUAGCGCCCUUGCCACUAGCUGCUGUAGUGCCCUCCAAGUCCCCCGCGGUCCUUGCCACGUCGGGCUUGGUGCGCUAUGGUCCAAAAGCGAAGACGUUCGGCGCUGUGCCGUCGAACAAAGCCAAGGCCGCCGUGCCGGUGGCCGCGCCCAAGCAGGCCGCGGCGAAGUCGGUGGGUGCUGCGCUGGCGUCCGUCGCAAGGGCCGACGAGCUCUUGGUGGAGGCCCCCUUUGGCUGGUUGCCGGCCUCGGAUGCAGGUCUCCCGCCGGCGCACAGGCCUCGCGUCCCGCUCGACGCCCUCCAGGGGGUGCUGGCGUUCGGGCUCCCGGUCGAAGCUGGUCGGAACCGCGCCUUCGAAGGUCGAGCCGUUGUCGACGCCGCGUGGGGCCCCUUGCACAAGAACAUGCGCCGUGCCGCUGUCUUGGAAGUCGCCGUGGUGCUCGUGUGGGACGCCGCCGCGCACCACAGGGCCGCGUGCACGAACAACUGGCCAGCGCCGACGGCGGUCUUCCCGUUGCACGUUGCUGCAGCGCCUGCCCAGCCGACGGUCGUGAACGGGAAGGCGAUCGGGUACGUGAGCACCCCAGACGCGACGCUCGCAGCUGAGUUGGGCAUCGCGCCGAUCGCGGCGGCCGGCGCCACCGCCGCUGCCAACGCUGCCGCGACCACGGCGGCGCGCACGCUCCGGGCCUUCCUUGGGUCGCCGACGUUCGACUGGAACACCAUCGUCCCGAAGCAGCCGUGGGCGCCGCACAUGCUCGACCUGCGUGCCGCGUGCGAGGCGUACUCCGUGAUCGUCUACGAGAACUCUUGGGCCACUUCGCCGCUGCAUCUCUCGUCGCCGGGCUCCACGCACGACGCAGGCUUCUUCAUCGCGGGCUGCGCCGCGCGCGAGGCCGGCACAGCGGCGGCCGGGGCCACGCCACCGACGUACGUUCGGCACACUGCGACAGCGGUGGGCGCCACGCAAGACGCGGAGUGGACGCCGUUCAUGGGCGCGCUCUUUGAGACCGCGCAGAGGCAGGACCGAUGGUUGUUGAGCGCUGUGCACCCCCUCACGCCCACGAACGUUCGCAAGCUCGCCAUUGCCCGCGUGAACAGGCAGGUCGCGGCGGCGCUGCCGGAGUACACAGAGGCGUUCGGGGCCUACUGGGCGCCGCUCGCCUUCGGGAUCGCGGGAGCGUGCAUCGGGUUCGGCCCGGGUUUCCACGCUGAACAGAUCGUGCUCCGUGCCGCGUCCGAGGAGAUUGUCGACUACGAGAACGGCAUCGCGCUGUCAGCCGGCGCCACCGCACGCGUUGCCGCGAUGAAGGCCGACGCGGCACACGGCCCGGCUGUGUGGUCAUCGGCAGACGAGAUGAUCCCGGCGCUCGAGCCAUACGCCGCGCGCGCGGGGAGCUUCCUGAUCGGGCAGACGGAGGCGCACUUGCGGCGCAACAGUGUCGAAGUGGCGGCAGAGCAGGCGGUGCCCGUUGAUUUGGCGGCUGAGCUGGAGACGGUCGACGUGUGCUUGCCGAUCGGGGAAAAUCUCGCCGCGAACGAGCUCCGCGCCAUCAAGGGCACCGCCGCGGCUGCGGCGGGGGCUCCUUCGUCUGCCGGCACGGUGGAUUUGACGGAAGCAUUUCGGGCUUCUCAGGACGCCAUCAGGACGAAGGUCGUCAACGCCGUCCAGUUUGCAGCGUCAGAGCGUGCCAGAACCCACGAGUCCAUCGAAAUGUCGGUCGUCGCCAAAACGAUGUACAGGCUCUUGGUGCAUCCGUUUGACACAUGGGGCCUGUCCGUCUCCUUGGCGCACCCCGCUGCGGCAGUGCAUUCGAAAGUGAACGUGGCGUUGUUCUUCGGCCUCGGUUUGACGGCUCACCACCACGUCUCUGUGAGGUGGACGGCCACGACCACAGGCCCAGGGGUCGCCGCGCUCCGGAACCUGCGCAUCAUGGCCGCCCAGGUGCCAGACACCUGGAAGGCGGUGCUGCCGAGCGACUCGAUUCCGGCCCUCGAGCACUUGGAGCGCACCAUUCAGCGUUUUGGGAUCACCAUUGGGGAUGCGUCCCGGCUCCUGACCGACUACGGCGCUGACUUGGUCCACGAAUGGCACAAAGUUGAGGCAUCCCAGGCGCUCCGCUUCGCGGCAGCAUGUUUGGCAAAGCUCUACCUCAGGCUCGUUCCGCGGGCCACGAUCGCUAAUUUGCCAUCCCUGGUGCAAUUCUUCUCAGAUUGUCCGGCGGACGACGGGAUCAUCGAGUCGGUCAAGAUGGCGAGCCGGCGCGACGAGAUCUCCAUCGUGGCGAAGGUGGCCUUUCGCGCCGGCCUCUCCGCGGUCUCGAUCGGCGCCACCGAGGCUCUCGAAGCAUUCGCCGUGUCCGCCGGCGGCGGUGAUCGGGCCACGACGCUCGCCGUGGCGUCCAAGCUCGCAUCCGCGACCGCCGCCGCCAGGCUCGUCGGCAGCGCCGGGUUGAACGAGACGUGGGCGGCCUCGCUCGACCCGGAGAUCAAGAAGGCCGCCAGCUCGAUCCGCACGCUCGUCGAAUCGUCGGAGGCGUCCGGCCGCCCGUUUGCCAGCAUUGCUGUCGCCCCAAGGGUGAGCUGGUUCCUGACGGAGCAGGAGAACGGCGCCUCCGCUUGCAAAGACGAGCUCCAGGAGACAGACGCGCAGCAGCAGCCGGACGCGGGGGGGUCCCGGCCCGCGGUCGAGGAGCCUCGCCGGGCAGGUGGCGACACCUGGGCCGCCCGCGCGCGCAUGUGGGCCGACGCCCAAGGUGCGGAUAGGAGUAGAGGGCUGUGCGGGGAUUUUCUGAAUCAGCAUUCGAGACAGAAGCGGGCCGAAGGCGCUUACUCGCUCCAGCAGCAGAUGGCAAGGGUGGAGCCCACCGCGCUGUGCAGGCACUUACACAUGUUCGCCCAGGUUGCUGUGGCGCUGGCCCUGCUUAGCGCUAGUCGCGUGUGUGCAGAGGGGGAGGCCCUGGUGACCGAACUCGCGGAAGAGGUGCUUGCCUGGGAGUCUGGGAAGGUCUUGCCAAGUCCUUGGGAGACUGUCUUCAAUCGACCGUCGAACAGGGAUGUGGGCUCCGUCACCGAGCAUCCCAUCUGGGAUAAAUAUGACCUCGAGGUGUUUCCCGACUCUCUCGAGACCGCGCGUGAGCAGGACGGCUUCCCGCCCAACAUCGCGAUUGGCAGAGUGCUGAUGAAGGACAGCAAGAAGCCCACCCAGCCGCCUCCGAGCUACCGCAUGACAGGCGUCGGAGGUGAGGAGGUGAGGCACCUGAACGGCAUGGUAAAUCCCGCCGGGUCUACGACGGUCUGGGGCUGGCAGAGGAUCAGGUACCUGGCGGUGAAGACGUGGCUCGAUUACUGGGCGGGCCGCAACACCGAGAAGAUGAUCGUCCUCCAUGCCAGCGGCGAGUACAAGUACGACCAGAUCAUCGCCGCCAGCGGCGGCACCCAGAAGGUUGUCCUGGCUGCCGAAGUGAGCCCCUGGCCUGCCGAUCUCGGGUGGCGCUACGACCAGACGGCUGGCAUCGCGACGACGCGGGCCGAUUUCCUGCAGGCCGUGGGCGUGGCCGAGGCUUUCGCGUCCACUUAUGCCGACUGCACCAACGCGACUGUCGGGUUCUGUAACACCCCGCCCAAGUAUCAGUUCGCGAGCUCGGCCUUCAUCAUGGGCCCCAUCGGGGAUGUUGCAGACAUGCUUGCCGAUAUGUACUACUGGUCCGACUCAGAGAACCGCUUAGUAAACGAGUACUUCCUCCACAACCCUGACAUGGUGGCUCUCGACUACGCUGGCGUCCUUGUGCUGUCCCUGAACAACAUGAAGUUGGACGCGAGUAUCCCCGUCACGGUGGAAAGCGCUUCGGGUGUGAAGUCCUUCAAAAACCUGAUCACCAACAGCAACGUGUGCUUCGUGCAUGGCGGCGGCAACUCUUUUGAUGCCCUCAAAGUCCUUGCCCAGGAGCUGCUCUCCGACGCCUGA